CUGUGUCUCAUUUUCAGCACAGUGAAAGGAAGUGAUGAUUAACUGAACCUACAAAGUCAUCUAUUUAGCUUUAAAGAAACCUGAAAUCAGGGUGUGAUUACUUUUCACAGAAGUGAAAUUGAAACUCUGAGCAUUCGGACGAGAGAGAACAACAACAGCAGCAAACGAAAUGGCUUCUAAGUUUUCAGAGGAGGAUUUCUCCUGUCCUGUGUGCCGUGAAACCUUCAAGGAUCCUGUUGUUCUGCACUGCAGUCACAGUGUGUGUAAAGUGUGUUUGCAGCAGUUCUGGGAAACCAAAGGAUCCAGAGAAUGUCCUCUUUGUAGGUUGAAGUCAUCUAUGGAUAAUCCUCCCAUAAACCUGGCCUUAAAGAACCUGUGUGAGACUUUCUUACAGGAGAGAAGUCAGAGAUCUUCAUCAGAGUCUGAAACAGUCUGCAGUCUGCACAGUGAGAAACUCAAACUCUUCUGUCUGGAUCAUCAACAGCCGGUGUGUGUGGUGUGUCAGAUUUCAAGAAAACACACCAACCACAAAUUCUGCCCCAUUCAUGAGGCAGUAACAGACUGUAAGGAGAAGCUCAAAACUGCACUGAAGCCCCUACAGGAGAAACUGAAGAUAUUUAAAAACUGUAAAUCGAAAUGGAGUCAGACUGCAGAACAUAUAAAGAUUCAGGCCCAACACACAGAGCAUCAGAUUAAGGAGGAGUUUGAGAAGCUUCACCAGUUUCUACGAGAUGAAGAGGCAGUCAGGAUCACUGCACUGAGAGAGGAAGAGGAGCAGAAGAGUCAGAUGAUGAAGGAGAAGAUUGAGAAGCUGAGCAAAGAUAUAUUAUCUCUUUCAGGCAAAAUCAAAGCCAUAAAAGUGAAGAUGAGAGCUGAAGACGUUUCAUUCUUAGAAGCACUGAUCCAUGUGGCAAAACAUCUGGCCAACCUGCAGUUCAGUGUCUGGGAGAAGAUGAAGUACACCGUCCAAUACACACCUGUAACUCUGGACCCCAACACUUCUCAUCCUGGACUCAUUGUAUCUGAUGAUCUGAAAAGUGUGAGACACAGCGAUGAGAAACAGAAACUUCCUGAUAAUCCAGAGAGAUUUGAUGAAUAUUGGUGUAUCCUGGGAUCUGAGGGCUUUAACUCAGGGACACACUGCUGGGAUGUUGAAGUUGGAGACUGUACGUGGUGGAAUGUGGGUGUGAUGACAGAAUAUGCUCAGAGGAAGGGGGUGAUAUUCUGCAGAAGUGGAAUCUGGUGUGUGCGGUAUUAUGAUGAUAAAUAUCGUGCAGUUUCUACACCACAUGCAUUCACUCAGCUCUCAGUAGCACAGAAACUCCAGAGGAUCAGAGUGAAGCUGGACUGGGACAGAGGAAAACUGUCAUUCUCCGACCCUCUCACUAACACACACUUACACACUUUCACACACACAUUUACUGAUAAAUUACUGCCAAUUCUAGGUGUUUUUGGUUCCAUAAAGAUCCUCCCACUUGAGUGGUCUGUAAGAGUGAAUCAGCUCAGUUAG